AUGGCGCUCAAGUAUCCGGCCAUCGAGGUGACCGUCGUUGACGUGUCCCGGCCGCGCAUCGACGCCUGGAACAGCGACCGCCCCGCGAUCCUGGAGCCGGGCCUGGACGCCGUCGUCAGGGCCUGCCGCGGCCGCAAUUUCUCCUUAAGCGCCGACGUGGACCGCCACGUCGCCGACGCCGACAUCGUCUUCGUGUCCGUCAACACGCCCACCAAGGCGCGCGGCCUCGGCGCCGGCAGGGCGCCCGACCUCGCCUACUGGGAGAGCGCGGCGCGCGUGGUCGCCGCCGCGUCCCGCUCCCGCCCUGGCACGGGCAAGAUCGUCGUUGAGAAGUCCGCCGUCCCCGUCAGGACCGCCGAGGCCAUGGAGAGGAUCCUCGAGGCGAACGCCACCGGAAGCGGCGGAGGCGCGUUCCAGGUCCUUUCGAACCCGGAGUUCUUCUCCGAGGGCACCGCCGUGCGGGACCUUCUCUGCCCCGACCGCGUGGUCAUCGGCGGCCGAGCCACCGACGCGGGCGCCGUGCGCGCGCUCGCGGACGUGUACGCGCACUGGGUCCCCGAGGACCGGAUCGUCAGCACGGGGCUCCUGUCCGCGGAGCUCGCCAAGCUCGCGGCGAGCGCGCUCCUGGCGCAGCGCGUCUCGUCGGUGAACGCGCUCUCGGCGCUCGACGGCCGCGUCGGGGGCGGCAGUAGGUUCCUGGACGCCGGCGUCGGGUUGGGCGGGCCGAGCCUCCGUCGGGACGUGCUGAGCCUGGCGUACGCCUGCGAGCGCCACGGCCUGCACGAGGCGGUGGAGUACUGGCGGCAGGUGGUGGCCGUGAACGAGUACCAGAAGGACCGGUUCGUGCGCCGCGUGGUGGCGUCCAUGCUCGGCGCCGUGGCCGGCAAGAAGGUGGCCGUGCUGGGGCUCGCGUUCAAGAAGGGCGUGCGCGACACGAGGGAGUCGCCGGCGGUGGACGUGUGCCGGGCCCUGCUGGCCGACGGGGCCCGCGUCAGCGUGUACGACCCGGUGGUAAGCGAGAGGCAGAUACGGCGGGACACGGCGGCGCAGGAGGAGGUGGAGGUGGCGAGGGACGCGUACGGGCUCUGUGUGCUGACGGAGUGGGACGAGUUCAGGACGCUGGACUGCCGCCGGGUGUUCGACGUCGUGAUGAGGCCGGCGUUCGUCUUCGACGGCCGCAACGUCGUCGACGCCGGGGAGCUCAGGGAGAUCGGCUUCGUCGUCAACGCCGUCGGCAAGCCGCUGGACGCCUGGCUCAAGGGCAUACCGGCGGUGGCGUAG